CCUACAAACUAGUAAAUCAAACGGUACACCUAAAACAGUUAUCACCUAAGUUCCCAAAUUCUAGGCCAUGACUAACCCCACUAAUCACGUCCUAAUCAUCUCUAACAACCCAUAAUUAAUUAACAAUAAUAAAUUAAAUAAAUGCACAUGACACAUGUACAUUGCUACAUGACACACGCUAAAACUGUCACACUAGAAAAUGGCCAAGUGUAACUGACUCGCUCGAAUCUACACUACAAUUAAACCCCAAUUACAGCUCAAGUUUUUAAACUCUAAUCGGGUGUAGUAUAGGGAAAGUAUCUAUAUAUCGACCCGGGCCGGUCCGGCUACCCCUACUUUGGUUAUUGAAAUCAUUAUCUAGCGAUAAAACUUUGGUUUAAAGGUUUGCCAAUUUAAAUGAAAGAAAGCAAAAGUAAUUUGGUUUGAAAACUCGUUUUGUGGGAAAGUCACUUGGGUUUCGCUUCCCCCUAAACCGCUACUAUGCCUUGGGAUGGAACGAUUGCCUUGGGCACGCUAAUCAUGAACCGCAAAGGAAAGCGUAUGUGGUCGGGGAUCACAGUCUCGAUUGCAAGGAUGAAAGGUUGUGUCACUCGACCCUCUCGGUUUAGACAAUCAGUAAUCGGCUUACUUCCUCACUCAACUCUAAGAUCGGACGGUUUAACCACGAUUAAUCGACUUGUUCAAUUCAAUAUUGAGGAUUUCCCUAACUCAACCUAGUUUAGGUGGCUGGAAAGCGGAAGGAAAACCAACUCGAUUGAGUCUCCCUAAAAAGGGGGAUUUUCCUCUCUAAACUAGGUUAAGUUGGCAAAUUAGAUUACUAGCACCUAAACGCACAAACUUAGGGGUUCUAAGCACAAUUAUGCACAACCCUAGGAUGUUAAGCACAAAAUAUGCACAACCCUAGGAUGCUAAGCACAAAAUAUGCACAACCCCUAAGUUGCUAAGCACAAGCAUGCCAAAUCAUGGUGAAAAUACCUCAAACAUUAAAUUGAGCAAUGCCUAGUAUCAAUCAUUCAAACCACAUACAAGAAAACUACAUAGUAGGGUUAGGGUUUCACUACACCCAAGUGGGAGGAGGACUACUCCAUGGAAGAAGUGGGAAGAACAAGGGAGAAAAAGGUGGAAAUCAUCUUGUGGGGAUGCCUCCUCUCUUCUUCAACCUUGAGUUGGGAUUUCCUUGGGGAAAUCUUCCCAAACCCUAACUCCUUCUUCUCUAUUGGUUUUGGUUCUCUCUCUAAAAUGCAGAAGAAGUGUCUCUCACAAAAAUUGGCUCCUCCUUCUCUUUCCUUGCAACUCAGCUUUUAAACACGGGAGGAGCUGAGUUCACGGCCUGAAUUCUUGGUUGUGAACUCUUAAACGCGUCCAUGAACUCAUGCCUUGCGCCAAAACUCUCCGCAUCGAUCACGGAAGUUCACGGGCAACUGCUUGUGUUCACGGUCUUAGUGACCGUGAACUCGCCUUGCGUCAGUAACCUGGUUCUGGACGCCUUGCUCUUCACGGUCAACUACACUUCUUCACGGUCUUGCGCGACCGUGAAUCCUGCCUUUAGUCGUGAACUUGCAUUUUUUCACCUCUUCUCCCGGUUUUCGAUCCUUUUCGCCAAUCCUUCGACUCCGAGGCUGGUUCCACCUGUUAAAUCCUGAAAAGCACUCAAAGACGCAGAAACUCGCGUAAAACCAAUCUCUAAUGAGCGAAUUUGGAACAAACAUCUAAGCAAACCGGGGGCAAAAUAUGUGCAAUUAGGCCCGAAUUAGUAACCACCGUUUAAUGAGUAGUAUAGCAGGUUUAGCUUUUGGUGGUGUUUUGCCGUCUCUUUGCUCUUCUGGAUCUCAUCCGGCCUCCGCUCCCGAACACCAACAUUCACCACUAUUCGGUAACAUCGUUCUACUUACCUAUUUUACGCCAUUGAGGGCAAUGUCGAGAUUAAGUGUGGGGUGGGGGGGGGGGUAGUCCAUUAUGCAUGCAUGUAUGUGUGAAUGUUUGGUGUGAUUUUUAAUGCUUGAAGCCUAGUUGUCGCCCAAAUUUUUAAAAUUUGAGGGCUCCAAGCAUAGCAACUUCUACAUUUGCAUGAUCUUAGUGGCACUUGUGUUGUUUUGUUUUGAAUCUCGUGGGUAUUAGCAUGAUCUAUGGAUGGUUUGCUUGUGAUUAUGUGCAACCUAUGAUGAUGAUUGAGACUUGUAUUAGGUUUGUGCAUAGGUUCAUUUCUCAUAUGUUUGUGAACCGAUAAAUGUUUUGAAUUGAU